AUGCCGAGUUUAAUACAGAGCCAAGAAUCGUUUGAUGAAGAGCUGCCGAGUGUGCUAGAAAAGAAGGCGACCCCUAAACCACAGCUGCAAACGGAGAAGCUUAAGCAUAUAGAACUGGACAGCGACAAUGUGGACGAGGAACUGCUUAGCAUGAUCAAUCGGCAGAUAGGUCGUUCGCGUAAAAUAAUGGUUCUCACGGGUGCGGGGAUCUCUUGCAGCGCCGGGAUUCCGGACUUCCGGUCAUCUGGGGGGCUGUACAACAUGGUCAAGAAGCAGUAUCCCGAAGUGCAGAUCCGCUCUGGCCAGGAGAUGUUUGACAUUUCGCUAUUCCGGGAAGAGGAGAAGAUUAGCGUAUUUGCUACGUUUAUGGACUCGCUGCACUCUAGCGCGAUCCAGGCCAAGCCCACCCGGGCGCAUGAGUUCAUUGCACAUCUAAAAAACAGAGGCAAGCUGUUGCGAUGCUACACACAGAACAUCGACGGGCUAGAGGAGCAUCUUGGUCUUGAGAUGUCGCAUUCGGUGGACCCUGGUGCCUCGUUCAAUACCCAGUGGAAGAAUCUCGAUGUUGUACAGCUGCACGGGGACCUGAACUCGCUGUCCUGCACGCAAUGUUUCGAAGUGUUCAAUUGGACGAGAUCGUGGAAACGUAUCUUGAAAGCAGGCGAACUGCCUCCGUGUCCGCGCUGUUGCGCCUUUAACCAGGAACGUGAGAACCAGGGCAAGCGGCUACGGAACAGUGUUGGUAUUUUGCGACCAAACAUUGUUCUCUAUGGCGAAAACCAUCCUAGCUGUGAAUUUAUCACCCAGGGGCUAAAUAUGGAUAUUGCAAAAGGUAAACCGGAUUUACUUAUCAUUAUGGGUACCAGUUUAAAGGUCGAUGGCGUAAAGAAGUUGGUCAAGAGUAUUAGCAGACAAGUCCAUGAGCGCUCAGGCAUUGUACUUCUAAUAAAUAGUACUACUAUCGGUGAUUGUAAUUGGCACGGGAUCAUUGACUACCAAAUUUUAGCUGAGUGUGACGCUUGGGUAGCCGAUUUAAAGAAGCGGCUGCCAGACUUCUUUAUGACCCAGCAGCAAGUAGAUAAGUUAAGGCAGCUGAAGAGGGAGGCAAGUGAGCUGAAGAAGAGGCAACGCAAGGAGCAGUAUCUAUUCCCGCAAGCAGAGCGCAGAAACAUCCCAAACACACCGCCUAGUACGCCAUCGCCUACUAAGCGGAGGCGCGCCGCGGCAAAUACGCCUAGCUCAACACUGCGCACCCUCAAGGAGACAGUUGUCACCCUACCCCCUACCCAAGUACCUUCGCUACAAAGAGAUCAAAGAGAUACCACGAUGAACAAAAUCUACAUGAAGUUAAUCAAAGAUGACGACCAUUACGCAAAGUUGACCGACAUGCCGGAGGAGGAACUGAUGCAGUCAGUGAUUGCAGAGAAGAAAGCGAUUGCUCCUUCCAAAAAUCGUAAAGUAAAAGAUAGCCAGAGCAUGGAUUUCGAUGAAGUACCAACUGAUGUUGACGAGCCGUAA